CCAUUCAUUCUCUGAAGCCAAUCACUUCCCCUGUGGUGGCUGAUAAGAAUUUAACAGUUUGAGAAGGUGGAGUGUCAGCAUCCUUAGUGCUGACCACGUUCCCAGGCAUAUCGGUAGCCUCUGUCCAUCACCCAUGCUGGAAGCUACUUGGAAAAGGAGAAACAGAAAUUGGGGAAGGGAAAUCAUGCAUCAUCAUCUUGUCUGGAAUGUACAGAAGACUUUGUGCUGUUCUCAUCAUGUGGAUUCACUAGAGAAAUGACCCCUUUUGAUCAGCCAAGUAAAAUCAAAAACUUGUUUAUUUGCUGCCUGUGGCCCUCACGGGUGCUGAGGCUCUGGACUUGCAGGCGCCCAAGGACAAGGAGGAAUCUGCUAGUGGGCACAGCCUGUGUGAUCUACCUGGGAUUCCUUGUCAGCCAAGUGGGUCACGUUUUACCGCAGCACAAAGGAGGACAUCAAAAGAUCAGUUCCAGGAGUCUCCAAGAUGCAGCUCAAACUCCCUUUCUGGGAAUCCCACUGGAUGGCACCCUGUCACCACCCAAUUUCCAAGAACCCCAGCUUGGUAGCAAUGGAACCUUGCUGCCACCCAAUGUAGUUUAUAUCACCCUGCGGUCCAAGCGCAGCAAGCCUGCCAACAUCAGAGGCACAGUGAAGCCAAAGCGCAGGAAGAAAGAUGCCACCCGUUUGUCCUAUGGGCAUCACUUUCCAAAAGCCACUUUCAUGGGCUGGGAAGAGGCCUUUGCCCAACAGCCAGGGAGGGCCACACAUGCUGCAGGCACAAUGGGAGCAGCGAUCGCUCUGGAGGCAAGCAAGUACCAACUGGAUGAACACAGGCAUAAAGGAAUGGCUAUCAGGGAGAGAGGUCACCAGAGACCUGGGAGGAUUUCUGGAGCUAUAAAUGCACAGCUCCAGCCUGAGGAAAGCAAUAUCAGGAUUUACAGCGAGAGCCCUCCCUCAUGGAUGAGCAAAGAUGACAUCCUAAACAUGCGCAUGCUGGCAGAUUCUCCCAUAGAGAGCAUUCAAGAACUGCCUUCGCACAAAGCAGUCUUGGUAGUAUUUGCAAGAGGUCCCAGCACCACGGGAACUGCUUGUAAUCAAGGACACUGUGGAAUUGUCAAAAGACCUCUCGACAUGAGUGAGGUGUUUGCCUUUCAUUUGGACAGGAUCUUGGGGCUAAACAGGAGCUUACCUUCUGUAAGCAGGAGAUCAGAGUUCUUCCAAGGGGGUCAAGCCUGUCCUGUUAUUCUCUGGGAUUCCUCACUGAGUCCAACAGAUAAUAGUACCCAUUCUUCAGUGAGGUUAACGUGGGGACAAUAUCAGCAACUAUUGAAGAAAAAAUGCUGGCAGAAUGGUAAAGUUCCCAAAGCUGAGUGGGGCUGCACUGGAAUUCAUCAUCAUGAAUGGUCCAAGAUGGCACUCUUUGAUUUUCUGUUGCAGAUCUAUAAUCGACUAGACAGAAACUGUUGUGGAUUCAAACCUCUCAAGGAGGAUUCCUGCAUGCAGCAAGGACUAAAGCUGAAAUGCAAUGAUCAGGAUGCUGUUAACCUGACACACAUCGUUCAGAGAAGGCAUGACCAAAGGCAUUUGGCCUUUAUAGACAAUAAAGGUUUCUUUGACAGAAAUGAGGACAAUCUUGACUUCAAAAUACUACAAGGAAUCAAUGAAUUCCCUGCAUCUGCAGUUUCAGUUCUGAGGAGCCAGCAUUUACGUGAGAAGUUGCUCCAGUCUUUGUUCCUUGACAAAAUAUACUGGGAGAGCCAAGGAGGCAGAAAAGGAAUUGAAAAGCUUAUUGAUGUAAUAGAAAGGAGGUCCAAAAUUCUUCUUACUUAUAUAAAUGCACAUGGAGCCAAAGUAUUGCCCAUGAAUGAAUGAAACAGUCUUGUUUCCAUCUGAAAAAAAGUCUUUAAACUUUUUUUUAUGGUGCAGAAACUGAUGGUAAAAUUGAUUUAAUUCAUAGCAUUAUUUUUUUCCCCAACUUUGAAACUUACUUUUAAAUAAGAAAUCUUACAUGGUUUAAAAGCAGAAUUUAAAUGUUAUCUGCAUCUCAACACACUUUAGUCUCGUCUAUGUCACAAGUGAAAUGAGAAAUAACUGAAUGACAAUAUGCAGUAAUAUGUAGGUACCAUGAACACUCUUUCUGUUAAAUUAGCAAUAGGAUUUUCAGUUCAUUAGGCUGGAUUGCUCUUACUUUCCUCAUUGAAGUCAGUAGAAUAUUUUAUUGCAAGUUUAAAUGGGAAAAGAGAUGUGUAAGCACUUGAUACAUUGAUGACACUUGCUGAAACAUAUAUAGUACAGGAAUUUUUUCCUUUAUUAGGUAUACUAAAAUGCCAAAAUUUCCAAGGGCUUAUUUUAUUUUAUUUUAUUUUGAUCUUCUGAAAUCUGAGAACUAAAUUCAGCUAUUUUAAAUGCAGGAGUGUUUGUGCUGGACAUGAGGGCAUUUUAAAAACAGAGUGAGGAGAGCGUGGCUUUAAUAAUAAUAAUUAUUUUGACAAAUACAGUUUUUACUUGUCCAGUAUGGAUUAAAAUUCAUCAUGAGUCACUCAUUGAAAUAUGCAUUUUUCAAUGCAAGUUCUGAUGUGUGGAUAGAUGAUCUGAUAUUUUCUGUCUAUUGAUUAACUGGGUAUUUUUUUUAAAAAAAUAGCUUUAGCUUUGUGGGAAUAUGUUGCUAAAUAAGUGCAUGUUUUUGUUUUUGCAAAAUUCUUGACAGUAUUUUCUGAGACUAUUAUCAAAAGGCAGACCUCCUAACAAGAGUGUUAAACCCAGCAGAAGAAAUAUUUAUUCUGUGUGCUCGGCUCUAGCCAGCAAUACAAGCUUGGGUUUCCAUUAAGAUUGACCGUUGUGGGGUGAUGAUUGUAACUGAGAACUUGCCCUGAAUGUUCCCACAGGUAUGGUUGUUAGGGAAUGUUGGAUAAGCACUUCAUAUUUUUACCCUUUAAAUGCUCCAGAAAGAAAAUAUCAGUUGAUACAGCCUAUCAUCACAUACACCAUUAACCUGUUUGUUUAGAAAAACUCUUACCAUAUUUUUAGAGAAAUAUCAUCUUUUUGCCAUGAGGUAAUGGUAGAAGUCAGAUACUUUUAUAGCUACUCUUAUUUUAUGUAUCAUAAAAAUAUAUAGGGUGUGAAAGAAUUUUGAAAAUCCUUGUGUGAUGUUAUUAAUGACAAACUAAAAUGUCUCAUGUCACUGUUAAUGUGGAUGGGUGAGUUUAAUGUUUUAAAUAACUACAAUUCCACUGCAGCUAAAAUCAGUUUUCUUUCUUAGUAUCAGAAAACCCAUUAACAAUAAUUGCAUUACUAGAAGAAACAGAUCUCAUUAUGAGCAGAGUUAAAAAGACUUAGUAAAAUUUUAAGACCUUAGCCAGCUAAAUAAUAUUUUAUUUUAUUUUAUUUUAUUUUAUUUUAUUUUGUCAGCAAAGUACAGAUCAAUUUGUUAAAACUUCCUAGAACUUAACUAUUGCCUCAAGAGGAUGUGUUAUAGAGUGCCUUGGACUUUCUAACACCAAGGUAGAAUUUUACGGGAUUUUCAAUUUAUCCAUUUUUUAAAAGUGUUGUAACUUAUUAGCCACAUAAUUUUCAUCACAGAAACAAAAAUAUUACUUUGGCUUGCACUGUGAACAGAGUCUAGAGAAAUAAAUAAUCCUCAGGAUACAUUUCACAUGGAAUUCCUCUUGCAGUGGAUUUCACUCUAUGAUGGCCAUCACGAUCAGUUUGUCUCAUUUUUUAGCCUAUGUCACAGGUUUCUUCCUGCUAGAUACCUGUUCAAAUGGAUUAUCCCUCACUGCUGGGAGUGAGAGAAAAGCAUGACUCUCAGCUGCACUGAGCUUAGGAGACUGCCCAGCAGAGUUGUGAAUGUAGGUGAUUAUGACAAGGUCCCAUGAGAACUCCUAUCUUUAGACUGCACAUCCUGAUGCUGAGUCACCGCCUCACUUUUCCCAGUUGUAAUUUUUUUCCAGAAUUGACUCAUUGCCAAAAAAGAAGAGGAAAUCUAUUAUCUUUCCAGGCUGGAUCAUUUAUUUUUUAUGGUGAUAACUUGGUGCAUUUUUCUCCAUUUCUUCUGGACAUGGACUAGUGUUUCCUUGAGCAUGAUACAUGCUUUUUCAUUUGCCUGGCAGUUCAGUGCCAGCUCUUAAAGCAGCAAUGUAAUUGUCUAUGAAAUUGCCCUGAAGCUGACCUGAACCAGAGCCUCUCAGUAGUCCUGGGUUCAAGAGACCUGAGUAGCCACAAUGCUGUGCAGUCCUUAAAAAUCUGACCAAGUAUAAAAAGCAGAACUGUAAAAAGCAAAAUUUCUGGAGACUCUCAAGGGGCAAAGAAAUACUCCCUAUGCUGUGUUAGCAUGCCAUAUUUCAUGUACAAACACUCUUGCAGUCUUCAGGCAGGCCAGGAGACUGUGAAAUUGGAUAGUAAGAUGGGAUAGCAGAUUGCUUGUAGUUCUCUCAUGUUGAUAACAAACUCCAGAAAGUGCUUUUUCCCUAUGGUAUUUAUCCUGCUGCUGUGGAGCUUGGAACAUAAUCCAGAAUUGUUAAUAAUGCAAAAUAUAAUUGCAAUAGCUCUUAUGAAUGCAUACUAGCCAAGUUCUAGCAUAUUUUUAAAUGAAGAUGAAGAAUUCUGUAUUUUUUGAGUGCAUUUGCAUAAAUGCAAUAGUAAAAAAUACAAAGGGAGCACUUUAAGUUUGUUUAUUCUCUGCUACUACCUUUAAGAUAUCUGCUUCAGAAAUGGGGGUAAAGUGUAUUGGGAAAUUGGUUCACAUCCUUUGGAAGUAGUGUGACUUUGGAGUGACAGGAACUGAACUGUAGCUAAAUAUAUAAUUAAUAUUUUAACUGAGAGUUAAAAUCCUGAAGGAGCCUUUUUCAAGCUAUGGUUAUUGAUAGAAAGCCAAGAAACUGUGCUUUAGUCCUCUUUGCUGGGCUGUCUUCCAUUUCUGGGCAUAUGGAAUCAGACAAAGAUUUGAGUUGCACAUUGCAUGGAAGGGUAUAACCAACAGCAACACUGCAAAACCUGCGGGUGGGAAAAAGUGAUUAUGUCAUUCUUGAAUCUGCCUGAAAGCCAGAACCACAUGAAAUGGAAUUACUAAGAAAGUCAAGAGUUUAUUCUCAAAAGAGUUUGAGAUUUCAUAACACUGGAAGACAGAGCUUAAAAUAAGUAGCACAGGCACAGAUGCCUUAAAAUUCCUUGGGAGCUUGCCAGCAAGUUAAUAGUCUUAAAUGUUUCAGAAGCUGAGGACAUGAAAACUGUGGAGCACUGUGAGAGCAGUUUCCUUCUUUUCUUGUGCAGUAUUCUAUACUACAACAUAUCAAAAUAAAUAAAUAAAAAUAUUAAUUCCAUGGUUUCAAACUUACAAAUGUAGAUUCAGGGUACAUCAAGGGACAAGGUUCCUGCAGCAAACCUGGGAACACUUUCAUGUAUGUGUGUACGAAGACACAAAAAUACAUGUAUAUAUAUUUAUACUUUGGCCUGUUUCUAUAAAAUGGUCAAUUUGGCUAAUAAAGAGUGAGCUGUUUAUAUAAUUUACUGUUUACAUUUAGAAUUUUAUUUGUGAGCCUGAGUCAACUUUAGGGUAUACACAAUUUGAAGUUUAAAUAAAACAUUAUAAUAGAUGAAACUUUUGUUCUCAAAGGAUUAACUCUUCUUUUGCUAACACAUUUACAUAAUCUUAGGAGUUUUUUACUGACAAUUGUAGAGAAAAACAGCAAUAUGUUUGUAUCUGUGCUAAACUUCCA